AAUCUCGGUGAAGAUCACCUCCAACCCCGCUGUCCCCCAGGCGCUCUGGCAGGUGUCCGUCGCUCAGCCAAGCCUCGGCCUGGCCAGAUGGGGCCCUGGAAGCCAGGAGACACCCUCGGGAGGAUUGGGGUCGACCCCGGGUGCUCGGGCGGAAGGCAGCCGGGGUCACCAGGGCGCCGCCGGCGCCCGGUCUCGCUGUCGCCCGCGUGUUUACCGGUUGCCCCGGGAGACGCGCCACCCGCUCCCCGCGCCGCAGCCUUGCUCUGGAGUCGGGCCGUGCGCGCCUCGGGCUCGGGUCGGCAUGAGCCGGGGAGCAUCCUCCGGCCGCCCCAGGCGCCUGGACCCGACCGGCGAUGACUCGUCGCCCGCGCCCGAGGAAAUUUACGACCAUCUCCUGGAAGCCCCAGCCACUCGGGAGCAAUUAAACCACUAUCGGAAUGUGGCCGAAAACGCCCGAAGUGAACUUGCAGCCACUUUGGUCAAAUUUGAAUGUGCUCAGUCCGAGCUUCGAGACCUCCGGUCCAAAAUGCUUUCUAAAGAAGCUUCCUGUCAGGAACUGAAAGCCGAGAUGGAGAACUACAAAGAGAACAACGCGAGGAAGGCCUCCCUCCUCAGCUCGCUGAGAGACAGGGUGCAGGAGCUGGAAGAUGAAUCGGCAGCCCUGUCCGCUUCCAAAAUGAGGACCGAAAUCACGGCUCAUGCCGCAAUCAAGGACAACCAGGAGCUAAAGAGGAAGGUUGUAGAACUAGACGAGGAAUUACAAAAGCGUGUAAAGGAAAACGAGGAGAAUAAGAAUCAAAUGUCGAAGAAUUGCAAGGAACAUGAGGAAUUUCUAGCUCGUCUUCGGGACUGCUUAGAUCCAGAUAAGAAGAAUGAAAAGAUAUCAGAUGAAGAUUUAAUUCUAAAGCUCAGGGAGCUGGGCAUGGAAAAUACGUCUCUGAAAGGACAACUUGUUACUCUUGAAGAGACCGUGAAUGUCCAUGAGAUGGAGGCAAAAGCCAGCCGAGAGACGAUCAUGAGGCUGGUUUCCCAAGUGAACAGAGAGCAGAAGAGAGCCGCCUCCUGCGCCGAGGAGAGAGACAGGCUGCACCAGGACUUGCUCAGUGCUGUAGAGGCAAAGGAAGCUCUGGAAAGGGAAGUUCAGAUCUUCCGAGAAAGGCUGCUUGCAGGCCAGCGGGCCUGGGAUGCUUCGAAGCAGCAGCUGAGCCUCUUGAAGAAAGACUCUUGCGAGUUGGAGAGAAGUUUGAAGGCCAGUCUGGAGGCGGCCGCAGCCUCGCAAAGCCAGCACACCUCGUUUAGGGAGAAAAUUGCAGACCUCCUUAGGGGCAGCUUGGGCAUGAUUGGGUCCACAGAGGAGGCCAUUCUGGAGAAGAUUCGAGAAAUGGACAGCCAGGAAGAGAGCCAGAAAAGGAUGGUUUCCCAGCUUGAAGCCCAAAUAUCUGAGCUUGUUAAACAGUUGGAAAAUGAGUCUGGGUUUCACCAGAAAGCCCUGCAGAGAGCUCAGAAAGCUGAGCACAAGCUGGAGGCCCUUCAGGGUCAGCUGACACACCUGGAGGGGGAGCUGGUGUCCGGAGAUGUUUUGCGAGACAACCUGAGUUUUGAGAAGCAAAAGUAUCUUAAAUUUCUGGACCAGCUCUCAGAGAAAAUGAAAUUGGACCAGAUGGCUGCUGAACUUGGUUUUGACAUGCGGCUAGAUGUAGUUUUAGCUCGUGCAGAGCAGCUGGUACGCCUCGAGAGCAAUGCCGUCAUUGAAAAUAAGACCAUCGCCCACAAUUUACAGAGAAAGCUCAAGACCCAGAAAGACAGACUGGAGAGCAAAGAACUGCACUUGAACCUCCUCCGGCAGAAGAUAGCGCAGCUGGAAGAAGAGAAGCGGCUGCGGACGGGCCUGGCUGUGGAGAGGGACGAGGCCAGUGCCGCCACACGGAAGUUACAGAAGCAGGUGGAGAGGCUGCAGAAGGACCUGAGCGCGUGCCGGGAAUCGAACACUGAGCUCAAAGCCAAACUGGCUGACACCCAUGAGCUUAAGGCAAGUGCUCGGCUUCGCUCCCUUGUUGCUUUGCGCUGGUCACCGUACACGCUUCUGCGAAAGAGUGCCGGCCCCACCGUGGACACGCCAGAAAAAAGAGGAAACCUUCCGCUGGUUUUCUAG